UAGUGAAAGAGACUUUCAGCAAAAAUCUUUACAAAAUGGUGAAAAAGUUCAUUCAAGCCUUAGUCGCAAUUGGAGCACUGGCAGCAUGUGUUCAGUGUGAGAUUGAAAUGAGAAACUUCACUCAGCCCUUGGAUCAUUUUGAUGAGAACUGCACGGAAACCUGGGACAAUACCUACUACAUUGAUGAAUCCUUCUACCAACCCGGUGGACCGAUCUUCCUCUACGUGGGAGACAUGCAGUUCUUCUACACCUAUGCUCGCCUCAAUUCUAGUCACUUUACUGAUAUAGCCAGGGAAGUUGGAGCUUUGCUCAUUGGUACUGAGCACAGAUACUUCGGCGAGAGUCGUCCUGUUCCUGAUCUAAGCAUUGAAAACCUUGUUUAUCUGACUUCAUCCCAAGCUUUGGAAGACAUGGCUGCUCUUGUUCGCUUCAUUAAAUCAUCUUCACCUGAUCUCGAAGAAGCCAAAGUCAUUGCAGCUGGUAUUGGGCAAGGAGGAGCUUUGGCAACGUGGUUAAGACAAGGAUAUCCUGAUCUAAUUGAUGGAGCCUGGGCUUCAAGUGCUAAACUCAAUGCAAUUGUAAACUUUGGAGAGUUCCACGAGACAACCACGCAAUCAGUAAGAAUUUACGGAGGAGUUUUGUGCUACGACAACAUGGUUACAGCUUUUUCAAUGCUUGAAGAUGUCUUCGAAGCGAGAAACUACACGAAAUUAAUGGAAGUCUUUAAAAUGUGUGAAAAUGAGGAUGAUUACGAUGAAGAAUUAGCCGGAGCUCUCUUCUUUGGAACAAUAGCAACAACCAUUGGAGUGUACAUCAGUAUGCUUCACGCGUCUGGAAUUACCAGUUUCUGUGGUUACUUGGACAGAGGUGAAGAUCCACUGAUGGGUCUUUCCGAUUGGAUCUACUACACCAUUUACAACGCACAGGGUUGUGUUCCUGGCAGUUUUGAUGAUCUUAUUGGGAUCUACAUGGAUCCAGAAUGGUCGUCUGUUGGUGCCCUUAUUGGAGGACGGCAGCAAGUUUGGCAAGUUUGCCAUGAAUUCGGCUGGUUCAGAUCAUCCGAUGCAUCAGAUCAUCCAUUUGGACAUCGUUUCCCAUAUGAUAUCAUGUUUGAACAGUGUGGAUAUCUUCUCAAUUGGACGAUUUCGAAUGAAGAUAUUCGGAAUAACAUCGACAAUACCAAUGCCCUAUUCGGCGGACUGACUCCCAAUGUAACCAGAGUUUACUUCACGAAUGGAGAAUUGGAUUCAGACAAAAGGCUUUCAAUCUUGCAAGAUCUGAAUGAUGAAGCACCAGCCGAUGUUAUUCCUUACUUUGGUUACGGAGCUGAUUUUGCCUCAAUGGACACAACAGUUUUCGAAGGUUUAAGACAUAUUCAGGAGCGUGUGAGGAGUCUUAUAUUCCAAUGGUUGGAAAUAGAUGACGGAGAAACAGAAACAACAACUGAGGAAAUUGAAACGACAACCCCAAGUAACAUCACGUCUUAUGACUAAACAAAUCAUUAAAUUAGGUUUGUUUAAUUUUUGGAAUCUUUCUUAAAUUAAAAUGAAUCUUUCUCAAAGUUUUCUACUAACUAACGUAGGAUUAUGAAUUGCGUAAAAUAAAUGAAAAUUCUUUGUUAAAAA